AACGUUAUACCACACUUCUGUUAUGAGUGCAGGAAGAUGAGGUAGCUUGUGUCAUCGGUUGGAGGAAUACGGUCAGUGUGUGUUGGCUUUGGGACGUUCCUGUAGCCUAACGAAGUAUUUUGUACCAACGUUGACAGAGGAUCUGCAGCACUGCGUUCCAGGAACCACAACGAUUACUUCAUCAUGAAUUGUGACUUGGAUGUGGACGUGGAGAACCAGGUGGAACUGGAGGAAAAAACGAGGCUCAUCAAUCAGGUCCUGGAGCUGCAGCACACAUUAGAAGACCUCUCGGCAAGAGUAGACGCAGUGAAGGAGGAGAAUCUGAAGCUGAAGUCGGAGAACCAGGUUCUGGGCCAGUACAUCGAGAACCUCAUGUCUGCCUCCAGCGUGUUCCAGACCACUGACACCAAAGGGAAGCGGAAAUAGAAAAGAAUGAAUUGUAAGAGAGGGAGGGUGAUAGAACCUCCCGCUUCUCUUCUUAUUCCAGCCCCACCCUACUCCCUGUUCCCCCAGCAGACUCCUUGGCCUCAAUACGAGACCCUGUUUACGCAGUUAUGACCCUCCUCACUAAACACACAUACUUCACUUAUAGUCUUUUUUUUUUGUAUGAUUAAUGUUAUUUAUGAUUUUCUUUUGUAUAUUUGUCAUGUUAUGUAUGACUUGUGGGUAGAGUUGAGUAUUUUCUGCUAUGAGAAGUAUUAUUGUGUCAUGGUUGAUGGUUAGCAGGAGCCUGUACAGGUGUGUGUCCUGUGCCCUGUCUAGUUCACGAGGGUUGGAUCCAAAAUAAUUCCUACCACACUCAGUUACAUUUUGAUAUCUGUUUGUCGAAUAUUUAUUUUGUUCAAAAGAUCAAGGUUGUAUGUGCUAAGGAGCUAAGCACAGGAUAUAUGUCUGAAAAUGAACUGUGUAUUGUUUAUUAUACUGCACAAAGAAUUAUGUUCCUCUGAGUGUGAUGGUGGCGAUAUUGAUCUGAUUUUCAAGACUACAGUUCUCAAAUACAUUUUAGAAGUCACUAAUUAAUCCACAACCCAGAGGAAUUCACAACAAAACCCCUAAAAUCAGCAUGUAGAUUACAACAACAAUGUGCAUGAAAAAGGGACCUUACUUUUUUAGUGAGUGGUGUACAAAAUUGUAUUUGCUCUGGCUUUCCAAGGUCAAAAUUAUAGAUGGUGCACCUCAACCAACUAUUCUUGACUAGACUUCUACUGGCGUGAGUGAAAAGGAUAGUGACAUUUGAGGUCGUUUUCUAAGCCUGUGUGGAAGAAAAAGAAUGGGAAAACUAAGUGAUAUCGAUCUGCACGAGGCAUAUGGAUCCACUUACUGCAGAUUUGUUACUCCAGGAUUUGAAGGGUGGACAGGAGACACUGAAAAAUGCCUGCCUCUACAAUGAUAGUAAAACUAUCAGAUUUCAGCAGACAAAAUUUGUUAAAGUUUUAAAGCGUGAAUGGAUUAUUGCCGACACAUUAGCAGAAAGGUGAAAGAGACAUAGGUUGCUCUAAAACACGAUUAAUGUUCUGGCAUUAUUUUGGGUUUGUCAUGGAAUGUUUCCUCUCGUCACAUUCAUUGUAUGAAAGAAACUGCCUUGUGCAUACAUGUGUACAUGAAAUAAUUAUAUUGCCUAAAAACACUUGUUUUAAUAAAAUUGUAUUCUUUCGCCUUU